UACCUGCACGCAAAUCCCUCCAAAGAUCCAGGUAAUAACCGAACAUGCCGCGGGCCUUCUUGGUGAAAAAGGCGAACGUUUCGCCGGGUAAGCGGAACUGGAGCGAGCUCCCGGAUCAUGAACGAGGAGACGUCUACAUCCCAGUGUCCAUCUUCCCUCCGUCCGUCCUGAUGAUGGAGGCUGAAGCCAGCCCCGCCGAGUCCACGCCGCUCUGCCUCACCAAACACUCUGUGUCCGACGUGCGGACCCACGCCGAGCUGCCGUCCAGCACGGUGCUGGGCCGACCACAGAGCCCCGCGGCUUCACCGGAGGAGAAGUCAGAGGUCAGGAGGAGGUCGCAGGGCGGCUCCACGUACAUCCGGUCCAAAAUCAAGGUGACUACAGGCGAGUUACCCCCCAGUCCCUCCCCUCUCCCUCUCGCUCUCCCUCCCAUUCCCGCCCUGCCAUCCUUGACCCCUCCCGCCGCCGUGAUGCCAAUUGCCUUGACGACAACGACGACAACCCCUGCCCCUCUGGAGCCGGUCCCCAUGGUGACCAGAUCAGUAGGUCAAGGUCAAAGCUCGUCGACGGGUGCGACAGCGCCGUUUAUAUGUCAGGUUUGCCAGAAGACAUUCCAGUACCAGCGGAUGUUAAACAGACACAUCAAGUGUCACAACGAGACCAAGAGACACCUGUGCCCCUUCUGCGGCAAAGGCUUCAACGACACCUUUGACCUCAAGAGACACGUGCGCACACAUACAGGGGUCCGUCCGUACAAGUGCAGCCUGUGCGACAAGGCCUUCACCCAGCGCUGCUCCCUGGAGUCCCACAUGAAGAAGAUCCACAGCGUCAAUGUGAAGUACGCCUACAAGGAGCGGCGCAACAAGCUGUACGUCUGCGAGGAGUGCGGCCACACGGCGGGAGCUCAGGACGAGCUGGCGGUCCACCUCCACUCGCUUCACCCAGACAGUGCCCUGUUGAAGGGGAAGGCUGCGCGGAGAGCGGGAGGAGGAGGAGGAGGAGGAGGAGGAGGAGGAGCCGGCAAAGAAGGACAGUCAGUCGGAGGAUCCAUGCCAGGUUCUCCCCAAGGAGCUGAUAGCGAUGACACCACCGGAUCUGCAGGGCAGUAGAGAGGAGGAGAGCCUGAAAGAUCAUCAACAUAAGCUUAGGGGGAUGGAUGAAGGAUGGAUGGAUGGAUGGAUGGAUGAAUGGAUGGAUGGAUGCAUUAAAUGAUGGACAUGUAGGUAAAGGGAUACGAUACAUGUACUGUAUAUGUGUAAAUAUCUAUGAAGGUAUGUGUGUCUGGAUUUGGGCAUUUGUAUAUGACUAAUGUUGAAAGGAUUAACGCACCACACACGCCGUGUCGUACUUUGACUUUAUAUAUUUACAUGAGUAAGAAAAUGUACAUAUCUAACAAUACAACAUAUGUUUCUUUACAUUGUGAAGGUUUCCUAUGGGUGUGUUUGUACAGCAAAAAGAUGAAUUUUUGUAUCUACUAAAAAAAGUAAAACUGUUAUAUU